AUGGAUAAGUUUGUAGACGAGAAACAGCCGAAUGGUGAUAUGAAACUGAAGAAGAAUGUUGGUCUAUUCAGUGGAAUAGCCUUGGUGGUCGGGACCAUGAUAGGUUCGGGAGUGUUUGUGUCACCACGAGGGGUGUUAGCCGGAGCCGGAUCUGUGGCUAUGAGUUUGGUAUUAUGGGCAUUAUGUGGGUUGUUGGCGCUUAUGGGUGCCCUGUCGUAUGCUGAACUUGGAUCAGCCAUUCCUCUGUCGGGAGCAGAACACUCUUAUCUCAUGUUCACCUUCCAACCGAUGAAUAAGUGUUGGGGUCCAGUGCCGGCGUUCCUGUACGACUGGGUGGGCGUGUUUAUACUCCGACCCACCAUGUUCGCCAUCUUGUGUCUCAGUUUAACGACGUAUCUGAUUCAACCGUUUUAUGGUGAUUGUGAAGCUGAUGAGUCUAUCAAGAAGAUCAUGGCUAUGGUUUUUAUGAUAUUUGUCGCCGCUAUAAAUUGUUACAGUGUCAAACUGGCUACAAGAUUACAGAACUGGUUAACCGCGAGUAAAUUGAUAGCUAUAGGCGUGAUCACUGUAGGCGGUUUUUAUAUGAUGGCCACAGGUCAUACGAAGUAUAUCUCAGAAGGCUUUGAGGGAACGGAAGAAACCGAACCAGCGGCGUUAGCUUUAGCUUUUUAUAAUGGUCUUUGGGCGUAUGAUGGCUGGAACAAUCUAAAUUUUGUUACAGAAGAACUUGAAAAUCCAACCCGAAAUCUACCACUAGCUCUAGGAUUUGGUAUACCAUUAACCACUAUAUGUUAUCUAUUUGUGAAUAUCGGGUAUUUUUCUGUCAUCUCUAAAGAAGAAAUGGUACUAUCAGAUGCUGUGGCCAUGGUUUGGGGGCAGAAGGUACUAGGUGUAAUGGCCUGGAUUAUGCCAGUGUUUGUGGUAUUGUCUUGUCUCGGAGCUGCUAAUGGUAUUCUAUUCGCCAGUGGUAGACUAAGUCUGGUGGCCGCUCGAGAUGGUCAUCUAGCUAAUGUGUUAUCUUUUAUACAUAUAAAAAAAUGCACUCCAUUACCGUCUCUUAUAUUUACUACCGUGAUAGGAUUCCUGAUGUUACUGCCAGGAAAUCUUGGAGAAUUGAUUGGGUUCUUUGGGUUUGUUGCUUGGAUAUUCUAUGGUAUGACGGCAGCUUCUCUCUUGGUUCUCAGAUAUACUAAACCAGAUCUAGAACGACCAUAUAAGGUGCCGAUAAUCAUUCCAAUAAUAGUGCUUCUAGCCUCGAUCUAUCUAGUAAUAGCCCCGAUUGUCACAUCACCAAGAAUGGAGUACCUCUAUGUUGUGAUAUUUAUGUUCAGUGGACUAUUUUUCUACUUUCCCUUUGUUUAUUAUAAAUAUUCUUUUAAAAUAUUUGGUGAUAUAACAAAGUUUCUACAGAAGAUAUUUUUGAUAGCCUCACCUGAAUCUCACCACGAUUGA